AGCACCCGCCCGCGUAGCACUCCGCUACGACGCUGCUACGAAAAGUUUCGUAGCACAGUUUGUAUCGUGACAACAAUUUUGCGUAACAAAGUUCAUAGUUUAACGUCGCAUUGAAGUGAAGUUGAUUUUUGAAUGUAUAUUUAUUUAUGCAGUGUUUACUCAACUUGGAAAAGUUUCGGCUCCUUUACAUAGAUGUUUAGCUAAUAAACACUUAAUUACUUAUAAAGUGCUAUCAAACUUUCCACAAAUGCCACAACCACCAUAAAACCCAACCACCAACAAACAUGGCGUCCCAGUUCCUCCGCGCCAACGAGUCGACCGACGAGUUCGUGCAGCGCUGCACCAACAUAUCCUCCUUCGACUGCAGUGAGGAGGAGAUGCUGUGGCUGAUGAUGGGUCCCCGGAGGCUUCCACUGCAGGAGAUCGUGCCCAUCAGCCUGGUCCUGCUGGUGAUCUUCGUGACAGGAGUGGUGGGCAACGCGGCGGUGUGCGUGGUCAUAGUGAAGCACUCACACAUGCACACCGCCACGAACUAUUACCUGUUCAGUUUGGCGCUCAGUGACCUUUUGCUGCUGCUUUUUGGGCUCCCCAACGACCUGACAGUCUACUGGCAUCAGUACCCCUACAGUUUAGGGGUUGUGUUCUGCAAACUGCGGGCCCUGAUCUCUGAGGCAGCAUCAUACGUGUCAGUGCUGACGAUAGUAGCCUUCUCUCUGGAGCGGUACCUGGCGAUCUGCCACCCGCUGCACCUGUACGCAAUGGCGGGGCUGCGGCGCGCGCUGCGCAUCGUGUCGGCCUUGUGGGCCGCCUCGCUGCUGGCCGCCUCGCCCUUCGCCCUCUACACCACUGUUAACUACCAUGACUACCCGCCUGGGUCAGGCAACGUGUCCCUAGAGUCGGCCUUCUGCGCCAUGCUGGAGCUGCCCGCGUGGUACCUGUGCGAGCUCAGCAGCCUGCUCUUCUUCGUGCUGCCCGGGCUCAUCAUCCUGGCGCUUUACGUGCGGAUGGGCCUGAGAAUUAGGUCGACGCACGCCAGCAAGCCGGGCAGCCCGGGCACGCUGAACGGGGUGAACGGCAGCGUGCACGGCGAGGCAAGGCAGGCGCAGAGCAAGAAGGCCAUCAUCAGGAUGCUCGCGGCGGUGGUGGUGGCCUUCUUCGUGUGCUGGGCGCCGUUCCACUUCCAGCGUCUGUUCUUCAUCUACGGCGCGCAGUGGCGCCACUACCACGCCGUCAACGAGUACCUGUUCAGCGUGGCGGGCGCCUUCUACUACGUGUCCGCUACCGUCAACCCGAUACUUUAUAAUGUUAUGAGUCACAGAUAUCGCUCAGCGUUCCGCGAGACCCUCUGCUGCACGCGGCGCCCGCGCGCGCACUUCCGGGACCACUCCAGCGUGAGGGAGAGCACCGUGAACCACACCAGCGACGGCACCCAUCUGGUGCGGGUGAGGUCGGACCGCCAUGAUCGGAGGAACAAGAUCCAACAUAAGGUAAUCCGUCGCUGCAGCUACCACGCCACUGACACCAGCGCCCUCUGCGCCGAAAAAUGGAACGACUUCAAGGAUAAAAACACUAAAAUGGAAGACUUGAAGGCCACGUUCAAUAAUAACGAAAAGGCGUUUAAUGAAACGAAAGAAAAUGAGGGGGAUAGCGAUAUUAAUAUUAACAUCUCCAUUCAUUUGCAUAAGUGA